CUUAAAUGUUAAGAUGCUCAAUAAUGAAGUAGUCACUACCCGCACCAGUCAACCAAGCACAUAACCUACUACCUAACCUUCAAACAUACCUAAAGUACAUGCCUAAUGUAUUCCCAAGAUUCCCUUAUUUUAUACUUUUUCCACCACUUUUCUUAGUUCAGGCUUCUCAACUUUCCAGUACAUGCAAUCUAUCACUACGACCCGAGCUCAUAAUUUAAUCCUUCUAGGGAAGCAUCUAAAUUAUACAUACAUGUUGAAGAAUGAUCAGAUACGGUGCUGUUUAUUGAGUUCUAUCCUGCGUCUUUAGGUGCGCUAGGGCUCUAUCAAUAGCACUCUGUUAAAAAUACGUUGCUACUAUCAUUCUCACAGUCAUCAUGGUCGAAAAUGGCGACGUCGUCAACCCUAAAAAUAAGAAACUGCAUCCCUUCUUCACAGCCCCAAAGAAGUCUUCCAAAGAUAAUGCGGUCGAAAAUAUAGCUCCAGUUACACCGGACCCGUCCUGUAGUCCCAACUCCGUUGAUAAUACUGAUUCAACUCCUCUAUCGGGUAAAGACAAGCGCAAGCGGAAGCAUGGACAAACUGACGAUAUCCAGGAGACUUCACUAUCAGCAAUAGAUUCUACGUCCAAGCCACCAAAGGUACUGAAACUGAAUCUCGCAACUGGAACUAUUGGCUCUCCUCCAAAGCACCAAUCUACUACUGGAAAUAAGAAGAACACGAAACGCGGUCGAAAACAGAAGUCCUUCCUAGCUUCGAUAUGUUAUGGCCAGCGCGAGAAUGCCUCCCGAGUGCGAAUAGGUCAGAGGAUCAACGAGAUUCUCUCAAGUCCUCCAAAGACAAAACACGACAUUGCUAGAAACGCUCUUCCUAGUACACCUCCCUCGAGCCGAGACGCAAAUGAGAAGCCCGCCCACAGCUUAUGCGCACAUGAUGAUAGCGUCCAAGCGGACGAUAUUUCAAAGAAUGCAUCAGGAGGGAAGAUAUCUCAGCCUGUCGUAUCCAAGACCGAUAUAACACCUAACAAGCCCACCCAUCCAUUCUUUCAAGGAAAAUCGAAACCUAGCACUACUAUAGAAGAAGAAAAGUCUAAGCCCUCGGCAACAUCAUCGGUCAAGAGACAGGUACUUUUUAGCUCGACUCCCAGCUCAUGGAAGCAUGCUCGACCAAUACCUCCGAAGUUCAACUUUCCAGCUCCCGGCACGAGUUCUGGCAACAAUGUCAAGGUGCCCGGUGCACAGCACCCAGCCUGGCCAUCAAAAGAGACGGCACACGUACGGGGUGAUACAACUCAGCCUUGCAGUCCACACAAAGAUACGCUAUCUGAACGUCUUCCGGCGAGACGCAAGGCGAAAGGGCAGCAAGUUCAAAUCACUGGUUGUGAAUCUAUUUUGAGCCAGGCCGUGUCGGACUUGAAUUUGGAUCAGCUGAUGGAAGAAUUAAAGGUCUGCGAUAAUGAUAGCUUUCACCCCCCUCCUGCGAUCUUGCGGAUUCCCGAGAGGCGUUUCGAAAGUGGAAAGAGUCUUCAGGCACGUAUUUUUGGUGAAUUGAAAACCCUCUAUCGAUGUGGCGACAGGCCGAAAGCGCACCCCGCGAUCGCACACGCAUACAAUUCCAUCGAGAAAGGGCUGUCCGCUUUUGAUAGGUCGACUUGUGAGACAAGUACUUGGGCGCAGAAGUAUGCACCGUCGUCAGCUGAGCGAGUGCUCCAGAACGGCCGGGAAGCUGAGUUGCUACGCGAUUGGCUUGAAAACUUAAAAGUGCAGGCCGUGGACACCGGUAUCAUUGAUUCUGGAACAAAGUCUAAGGCCAUUGCCCCAAUGAAAAGUAAGGGCAAGAGAAAGAAGAAACCGGAUGAUUUCGUCGUGUUUAGCGACGAGGAAACAGAUGAACUUAGUGAGAUAUCGGACGUUGGAGACUGGCCAACAAGCAGUAGCCAUGGUGAAGGGAAGAAGACAAUGAUGCGUUCUCUUUCUCAUCGAAAGACUGGAGACGGCUGUCGCUACGUUAAUGCCGUAGUACUCAGUGGUCCCCACGGUUGCGGCAAGACCGCUACUGUUUAUGCUAUCGCCAAGGAACUUGACUUCGAGGUAUUCGAGAUAAAUGCAGGGGCUAGAAGAAACGGCAAAGACGUCCUGGAGAAGGUCGGUGACAUGACACAGAACCACCUUGUCCAGCAUCGUCAUAAAGAUGACACACAACGAGAGGGGGCGGUUCUCGAAGACGAGGUGGACAGGAACCUGAAAUCUGGUAAACAAGGCAUGGUGACAUCUUUCUUCAAGCCGAACCGAGUCCCGGCACACAAGACAAACAAGUCAGCAGGCUCAUUGAGCAUGAAGGAGGCAAAGAAAUCUGCUAAGACACAGAAGCAGUCUCUAAUUCUCCUAGAAGAAGUUGAUAUUCUCUAUGAAGAGGAUAAACAAUUUUGGACCACUGUUAUCUCCAUGAUCUUGCAAUCAAAACGUCCUUUUGUUAUGACCUGCAAUGACGAGACAUUAGUUCCCUUACAAAGUCUAAACUUGCAUGGCAUCUUCCGCUUCUCUACUCCUCCGAAGGACCUAGCUGUCGACUUACUACUUCUCAUUGCCGCUAACGAAGGUCAUGUCCUUCGGCGGCACGCAGUAGAAACUCUCUUCGAUUCACGUGGUCACGAUCUCCGCGCUUCAAUCACUGAGCUCAAUUAUUGGUGUCAAAUCGGAGUGGGAGACGUGCAAGGAGGGUUCAAUUGGUUUUAUCCUAGAUGGCCCAAGGGCAGUGAUGUCGACGAAAGAGGAAAUACCAUCCGGGUCAUCAGUCAGGACACUUACCAAGCCGGUAUGGGUUGGCUGAGCAGGGACGCUGUCGUUGAUAGUUCAUUGCUUCGUUCGACACAGGAGGAGUUACAUCAGCAAGCUCUCAACAACUGGUGUUUCGAUAUGUAUGAAUCAUGUUCAUAUGACGAUUUUGCUACUUGGGCAGUAACGGCAGAGAAGAGACAGUCCUCGACCGAAGAGCGGCUUGAGCGUCUAAAGUUGAUUGAAUCUUUUACCGGCUUCACAAGUGAUUCAGAUAUAACGUCGUCAAAUUCCUCGACUGUCCCUGACCAGGUCUCUAUGGAUGCAUCGGUUCCACAUCUUUCCGCGAAGACGAGAGAAGACUUUAUUGUUGGUCGACAGUUACUUGAGGUAUCUCCCUUAGUCCGGUACAACACGACGCAGCUUGACGUGUCCACAGCCUUGAAGAACCUUAACAAAAGUCAUUUAGCAAGUGGACACAUCUGCAAUUCGUUAGGCGAGGCCCAAGUCACCGCCAAACUAGAAAGUCAUCUCAGCGACUCGUUGUGCGCGAAGCCGGCCAUUGUGCGCCUGGAUUAUAGUCACGCAUUUGACCCUAUCGCUGCUUCAGAGAAGACAUUGGCUGCGGGAUAUCUUGACCCCUCGGUAUUCGAUGGGACGAUGAAGACAAUCAGUCUUGAUAUCGCACCAUAUGUACGUAGCAUCGUGGCAUACGACCAGCGGCUUCAACAAGAAAGGAUUUCUCGCAGCAGUCUCCUCAGCGAAGGUGGGCAGCCAGGAAGGAAGCGCAUGCGCACAACGAGAAGCGCGUACUCGGCCAUUGAAGGCGGCACUCGAGCUAGUAUAAGACGAGAAAGAUACUUCACGGCGGAUAUCAACCCACAUUUAGUGAUGCGAACAGGCGGUAGUGGGUGGGAUGCAAUAGCGCAUUUAGCUACUCGCACGCAAGAUACUGCGGACUGUAACAUGAAGAGUUCUGGAGAACUCAACAACGAUGGCAAUCCCGACUGACCACGGAUUUGGACUACAGCCUGGCUUCAUUUAUAAAUAAAUGUAUAGAGUACGUAACCAUACGUGUUUAGCAUCACGCAAUGCAUUAGAAAGGCGUUUGAUCACUGGAUGACGUUGUUUUCUAAAGGAGGCUGGCUUGCUGCAAACCAAGGUUGCAGCGAUCAUGAUUCGCAUAGAUCUAAAAACACAUAUAGAGAUGACAAGCUCUCGCAACAGAUUUUAUUUUCCCAGUGGUUGAAAAAAAAAAAAAAAAAAAAAAAAAAAAAAAAAAAAAAAAAAAAAAAUUA